UUGGUUCAUGUUCGCCUUUGACGGACUCACCUGUCAACCAACGCUACCGUGCAACCCUGCCAUAAAAAUCCCCAUCAUUAUCCUUCACCUAAAAUGGACCCUUCGCUUGCUGGUGUUGGUGCUUGGGCCUACACUGACUUCCAACUCUUCCCGUCGUUGUCGAAGACACCAUCGCCUCCUCCAAUCUCCAAGGAUGCAGCAAAGGCUGCCCGCACUCCAGGAACCACUGUGCAUCAGAGUCAACGACGCAAAGUAAUCGAUAGAGAUGCCCACGUGGACGUAUCGAGACAAAUGCCAACAACCUCGCCGUCGACAAGAAAGAACACCAUGUCAUCAAACGCAUCUGUCUCUUCAGCGUCCGACAGGAGAACUUCAGCAUCUAGCAGCACCAGCCUGUCCGUCAGGGGAUCACGUGAUACCAACCUGGGCUUGUCUCAUCUGCAGACCUCUGGGCCAUCCAUACAUCCAACAUUGGAGGAGCCUGGACAAGGAGAAGCGGCUACUGUUGAUAUGGUAGCUCUGAGCGGCAAUAAAACAAGCAGAUACGAACCUCCGCAAGCCCCAAGGUCUGAACGCCUAUCGACACCAGACUUGGAGCCGGUAGACGCCUGGGCCUUCUGCGAUUGUUGUGAUGGAUCAAUUCCACCGAGAUUCUGUGCACAAUGCAGUUGGAUGAUUGGGAGGCGAUAAACUGGACAUUGCAAGCCAUGCUCUUUUGUUUUCCGGUGUAGCUCGUUAUCAGCUAGAUUUGCCCUUACGUCAGGCGGGACGGUAUGCCAUCGAGCGGCUCCUUGAAAGUGACGUGUUUACCACCGUCGGGCGCAUUGCUCAGCUUAUUUUUCCUAUCGUUGGUAAAUGGUUGGUUUUCAGUUCCUCACAUGUCUGGAAAGCGGAUAUUGGACCUGAUCAAGUUGCAUGCCGGUUUCGUAGGCGGCCAGAGGUAUUUCUUCGAACAGUAUGAUGAUUUCUUUUGGGCAUAAGAUUUGAUGUCAGCAUUGCUCUGAUAAGUUUGGGGGUUGAGAGGUGGUGUUUUCCAGUCAUUUGAGUGUCCAUAUACACACGGACAAGCUCCUCGGCC